UGCUGAUUGGCUGGCUGGGGCGCAGCUUGAUGGCGUCGGGCUUGCGAGCCGCUGUCCCGGCUGCGACACCUGGGCGAAGGCUGCCUGAGUGAGGGGGCCGGUGGCCCCAGCGUGCAGUGGCCUCGGGGAAUGGGAAGUGGAGGCAGGAGCCCUCCCUACACUUCGCGAUGAGUUUCCUGAUCGACUCUAGCAUCAUGAUUACCUCCCAGAUACUGUUUUUUGGAUUUGGGUGGCUUUUCUUCAUGCGCCAAUUGUUUAAGGACUAUGAGGUACGUCAGUACGUUGUACAGGUGAUCUUCUCCGUGACGUUUGCAUUUUCUUGCACCAUGUUUGAGCUCAUUAUCUUUGAAAUCUUAGGAGUAUUGAAUAGCAGCUCUCGUUAUUUUCACUGGAAAAUGAACCUGUGUGUAAUUCUGCUGAUCCUGGUUUUCAUGGUGCCUUUUUACAUUGGCUAUUUUAUUGUGAGCAACAUCCAGCUACUUUUGUCUCCUCUGUCUCAGUGCAUAAACAACGACUGCUUUUUUCCUGUCUCUUAUGGCUGACCUUUAUGUAUUUCUUCUGGAAACUAGGAGAUCCCUUUCCCAUUCUCAGCCCAAAACAUGGGAUUUUAUCCAUAGAACAGCUCAUCAGCCGGGUUGGCGUGAUUGGAGUGACUCUCAUGGCUCUUCUUUCUGGAUUUGGUGCUGUCAACUGCCCAUACACUUACAUGUCUUACUUCCUCAGGAAUGUGACUGACACAGAUAUUCUAGCCCUGGAAAGGCGACUGCUCCAAACCAUGGAUAUGAUCAUAAGCAAAAAGAAAAGGAUGGCAAUGGCACGGAGAACAUUGUUCCAGAAGGGGGAGGUGUAUAACAAACCAUCAGGUUUCUGGGGAAUGAUAAAAAGUGUUGCCACUUCAGCACCAGGAAGUGAAAAUCUUACUCUUAUUCAACAGGAAGUGGAUGCUUUGGAAGAACUAAGCAGGCAGCUUUUUCUGGAAACAGCUGAUCUGUAUGCUACCAAGGAGAGAAUAGAAUACUCCAAAACCUUCAAAGGGAAAUAUUUUAAUUUUCUUGGUUACUUUUUCUCUAUUUACUGUGUUUGGAAAAUUUUCAUGGCCACCAUCAAUAUUGUUUUUGAUCGAGUUGGGAAAACAGAUCCUGUCACAAGAGGCAUUGAGAUCACUGUGAAUUAUCUGGGAAUCCAAUUUGAUGUGAAGUUUUGGUCCCAACACAUUUCCUUCAUUCUUGUUGGAAUAAUCAUUGUCACGUCCAUCAGAGGAUUGCUGAUCACUCUUACCAAGUUCUUUUAUGCCAUCUCUAGCAGUAAGUCCUCCAAUGUCAUUGUCCUGCUGUUAGCACAGAUAAUGGGCAUGUACUUUGUCUCCUCUGUGCUGCUGAUUCGAAUGAGUAUGCCUCUAGAAUACCGCACCAUAAUCACCGAGGUCCUUGGAGAGCUGCAGUUCAACUUCUAUCACCGUUGGUUUGAUGUGAUCUUCCUGGUCAGCGCUCUCUCUAGCAUACUGUUCCUCUAUUUGGCUCACAAACAGGCACCAGAGAAGCAUAUGGCACCUUGAACUCAGGCCUACUACAGACUGUUAGAGGCCAGUGGUCUCAAAAUUUAGAUAUCAGAGGGGAAGAAAAUGGAGGGAACCAGGGCCUGACAUUUUACAAACACACACGAUGUAGCAUUUUUACCGCUAGCAUACUCCUUCCCCACAGGGCGAUGCUAGGAUCACGAGUAGCAUCAGCCAGAACAUGAGGGAGAGAAGUAACUCAAGACAAUACUCAGCGGAGAGUGUCCUGUGUGGACUUGAGGCUGGUGCAGAAGCGGAGAGGAGCCAAGACACUAAAGGGGAAAAAUACACUGGAACUCUGGGGCAAGAGAUGUCUGUGGUAGCUGGGCCAAACAAACACCCAGGAUUUCCAUUUUAAGGUUCACAUGGAGAAGGUUACAGCUUUCGCCUGAGAUUGACUGUCAUUAAAAUCAGAGAUUGUAACAC